CCUAAAUUUCGAAUAUAUUUAAAAACAAAACGAUUUUGAAUUAUAUAAUCAAAUAUUGGUAUUUACUUAUAAGUAUUUUAUAAUAGAUUUUGUUUUAAUCGAAUAAUUUUUUAGAUUAAUUUUGUACAACCCUAAAUCAGGUUGAUACCAUUUUCCGGUGUAAACAUUAGAAUCAGAAAAUGUCUGCGGUAUUUUAUAAUAUCACUACCUCUACUUCCAUUUUUUCUUAUAUUCCUGAUAUUUUCGAUAAUUUACAAGAAUAUAAUAAUUACAAUAUUAAAAGUAAAGUAUGGUACGAACUUUACCAAUAUUGAAAACAUAGAUUCUUUUUUCACGGUAGGCAAUUUUCAAGAAAAUUUCUCUUAUAUUUUAACUACUAUGAAAACAAGCAUUAACGAAGAAGAUUUAGAAGCAAAAAUGAUUGAAGCUUUGGAUGAAACAAUAAUGAAAAAUGCAGAACAUUUCAAAAAAAUCCUUGGUUCUCUACACAAAUUUAUGGGUUUUCCAUAUGUUUUAAAAGAAGAUAUUAAAGCAGCUGAUUUUGUACAUAUAGUGGAUGUAGAAAAAGAUUGUUACAAAACUUUCGGCCAUUUAACAUAUGAUUAUAGCAUGAAGCCACUACCUAAAAAUAAUAAAUUACUUUUUGAGACGAUUAUACUGAAAUGUAGCAACAAAUGGAAAGAGAAGAACAAUUUUCGGAUACAACAUAUACCAGUACUAAUUAAAAUUCAUCAUAUUUUGGGUAACGGUUUAUCAAUAAUGAAUCUAUUCGUUCAAUUAUUUGGUGAUGAUAAAUAUGUUAUAGAUAACGUUAUUAGAGAGUUCAAUAAAAGAUAUAAACGCAGCAAUUUUUGGAUGAGAUUGUUACAAGGUGUUUAUUCCUUUUUACUACUCCCAGGUUUUAUGGUUUGUGAAGGAAUAAAAAGGAACUUUAAUAAAACAGCAUUCAUUGCUAGAGCCGGCUUUGGCAAACAAUAUUUUGUUAAAAAAGUUGAUGAUACGAUAUCGGUACAGAAAAUAAAAAAUUUAAAAAAGAAAAUUGGAGACUGCAGUUUCACUGAAAUUUUACUUACUGCCAUUUCAGCUAGCUGUUAUGAUUAUUUUAGAGAGGUGAGUGGUUUUUUUCAAUAAUUUUGACGAUAUUUCUAGAGUUUCAUACUGACUACAAGUAUAGUAAGUUUACACGUGUCUUUAUAAUAUAUAUUAUAAGUUAAGUAUUCACAAUAACAAAUAUACAUGCCAGAUGUUAUA